AUGAGCGAGACACUGUUCGAGUCGGCGCAGGCCAUCCUGACGGGCUUCGACACCGCGCUGUCGCGGCAGUGGCGGGAGGAGGACCGCAGGUGGCGGCGGGAGGACGUGGAGUGGAGGAAGGUGGAGGGGGCGCAGAUGAACCUGGACGCGGAUUUCAUAGCAGAAAGCCGAAGGUGGCGUGGCCAAGACAUGGAGCAGCGCGUGUUAGACAAUGCACGCUAUGUGUGGGGUCGGGCAGUUGAAAAGAACCGGCGGGAGGUGGAGGAAAGGGCUGAGCAGCUAAAGGGCAUAUCAAACCUUGCAGCGCUCAUUGGAGGAUUUGCACUGAUCGCCUUCCUAGAAUUUGGUGUGGAAGACAACACACCAGUGGGGCUGGUCGUGGGCUUUGGGCUCACCACAGCAUUGACGGUUGGUCUGAUGAUCAAUGCCAUGGUGACGACCAGUCUAAUGCAUGCCAGUAUCCUGAAGACUGGAAAGAAUUUCGUGUCAGAAGAGGAUGAGGCGGAGUUCAUAUUCAGAUGCCGAAAGUUCGCAAAGGACUACCGGAUGGGCGAUCGACCACCAGCCCCUGCCAGGAGCUUCGACGCCCACUGGAUGCAGAGGGCAGAGGCAGAGUGGCGCCGGGCAUUCUUCAUGUUCUCCGCUGGCAUUCCCACGUUCCUAUUGAACCUUGCCUUGGCGGGCUGGAUCAAGUUCAGCCAUUAUAAGGACAGAAGCCUGACAGCUACUCUCAUAUCCAUCGUCAUGGGGGCCUCGUGUGCAACGCUGGUGCUGUCCUAUUGGCAGUGGGGACGACACUUGAUCGGUCGCAGAGACGAUUUGGUACAGGUUGCUGCCCAUGCGACUAUUGACCCAGCCAGCCUGCCAUUCGACUGGCAUAUCAAGCCCAAGCCUCCUGCACCACGGUUUCAGCAGAUCGUGACCGUCUCAAGGCGUGCAGAUUCUGAUUCAGAAUCAGGCGUUCCGUACAGCCCCUCACGCGGCAGUCUGGGAGAGACGGCCACGACGCCCCUCACCAGAAGACCAUCUGAAGGGCUCCUGCCACUGUCUUCCACCUCCAGCAUUUCGGGGGCAGGGACAGGGGCUGGGCACAGGCACAGCAACAGCGCGAGCUUGUCGCCCUCUGCGUCGGCCCAGACGCUGCACACCGCAGGCAUGAGGCCGCUGUGGCCACCACCAGCGGCCAAGCUCAAGCCAUCGCUGUCCUCAGCGGAGCUCAUCCUGGGAGAGUUCCGCAGGAGAAUAAACCCCGCCGACGCGCGGGCGGCCAGCCGGCCACACCAGCCGCCCUCCAGGCAGCUGAGCCUGUCGCGGAUGGCCCAAGCCAUGAUGGGAUCCAUCAGCGGGCCAUGGCAGGCGAGCAGGGCAGCGCCCGGGGAAGAUGGGGACCAAGUUUGA